AUGGCCAAGGCCAAGGCGCCAGUGAGGGCUCAGCCUGCUGUCACAGCUCCGCCGGCCAGUGCUCAACAGCAGUCGCCCAGAGCAGCGCCUGUAGCGGAGCACAACUCCACUUCGACCCCCUCGGCUACCGCUGCAGCAGCCGCUGCCGCUGCGAAGAAGAAGAAAAAGAAGGCCAAAGGGAAAAAGGCGGACACGGACGAGUAUGCAGAUGAUACAGGCUCCCCCACGCUCGGAGAUGGCGUGCCUCUGAGUGUCGGCAAUGGAGGCCUGGAGGGUGUCAAUCACGCCCAAUCACCGCAUGCUGGUGCUCGCAAAGAUCCUUACUCGACUGCCGCCCAAGCACAGGCAGACUUGCUCGCCACAGCGAGCGAUCUCUACCGCCGCAUCGAGGCAGACCCUCAAGGCAUUCCGGAUGAUGAUGCGUACUGGACCUCGCUGCCAGCGCACCUUCGCACUUUCAUUCGCAAUGCGUUGCCCUUGGGUCAGCUGCCUGCGUCUGCUCAGAUGAACCCCAACGAUCCCAAGUCCCGGCAAGCAUCCACUCAAGCGAUGAUCGCGGUCGCGCAGCAACUCGCUCAAGCGGCGCAUGCCUCUCAGCGCCAUCUGCAGCAGUACCCUGGCGGCACACAUCCUUACACCGGUCUGCCGUUCGACCCUUCCAUCUUUGCAGACUUGGCCAUGCAUCCGGACACCGCACUGCCCCUUCAUCCGCACCCCAACUACACUACAGACAGUGGUGCUCAGCUGCACUACACCACGGGUGCGCCAGGCUCCAAUCCACCCCCCACUCAGCCACCUGGAGAGCCUUUACCGGCGCCUGUGUUGUUGGUGAAUGAGUACGGAGAGGAGACGGGGGAGUAUGAUGAUGAGUACUACUCUGAUGAAGAGCUGGAUCACGCCGAUGCAGCGGCUGCGGCGGCUCUUGACCGAGGCUUGAUACAAGGGCCGGAUGGUCAAUGGGUUCAGGAUGUUUCCAGAGCAAACCUCACCAACGGGGCGCCACAGUCGGCUGCUGCGAAGAAAAAGAACAAGAAGAAAAAGAAGAAGGGAGUCGGGGCCAACGCAGGGCAGGAACUGCUGCCACCUGUUCCGGCACCGGCGCCUCUGGCACCUUCUGCUCGUAGCCCAGCAGCUCCGCCGGCACCACAGCCCCCUCCGGCGCCGCGGUCGAAUGCUCCGGCCAGUAACGCACCUCCGCCACCAAGUUCCAGAGCGGCGGGCAAGCAGCCCAUGACGUUCACUUCCAACGCUGCGGGCAAGGCUCCAGCGCCACCUCGAGCAACCGCGAACGGGCAUGCGCAUUCAGCAGCUUCAGGGAAGAGGCCUGCUUCCGCGACCGGCUCAUCGCAUGCACACGGCUCAACAGCGAAUGGACAUGUGAGCCAGCCGCCGCGGAUUUGGUCUACGAGCACUGCUGAAGAGCGGGAGCGGAUUAAAGAGUUCUGGCUUGCUCUCAAUGAGAAAGAGAGGAGGAGUUUAGUGCAAGUGGAGAAGGACGCGGUGCUGCGCAAGAUGAAAGAUCAGCAAAAGCAUCAUUGCUCGUGCGCGGUCUGCGGGCGCAAAAGGAAUGCGAUAGAGGACGAACUCGAUGUGCUCUAUGACUGCUACUAUGAGGAGCUGGAACAGUAUGCCAAUCAUCAGCGCCAAUAUGUGUCAAGCGGCGGGACGAUUCCGCCUCCUCCCGGUCCGGGUCCCUUUCCUGGCUCUGUGCAAGUGGACAGUAACGGCAUGGUCAUUGAAGGCAAUCAACCUAGCAAGACCACUGCUGUUACUGCUGCUGCUGCGGAGCGACAGCCCACAGUCAGACAGCCCCACAAAAGAGGUCCACCGGCACCUCCAGACGAGGGGUACACUGAUGAAGAGCUCGAAGGCUCGGAAGAGGACUACGAGUAUGAGGAUGAGGAAGGAGACGAGGAAGAAGGCGACCCUGAGCUUGACGAGCAUGAUGUCAAAGGUGGCGCGCGUCGCCGAAGGGCUCCUGCGCCCGCUGCGAACAAUGCUGCCGGUCGAGACUUCCUCAGCUUCGGAUCAUCUUUGACUGUCAAAGGAGGAAUUCUCACAGUAGCAGACGAUCUCUUGAAGAAUGAUGGGCAGAAGUUCAUCGAGAUGAUGGAGCAGCUCGCUGAGCGUCGUGCAAUUCGCGAGGAGGAGGUUCGAGAAGAGCUGGACGCAUCGCGGGAUGGCGAUGGCGAAGCCGAUGACGACGAAGCAGACGAUGAGGAAGAUGAUGAAGACCUCGAAGACCCUGCUGAUGCCCUUACAGAUGAGCAGAGGAUGGAGGAAGGACGUCGCAUGUUCCAGAUCUUUGCCGCGCGCAUGUUCGAGCAGCGCGUGCUGCAAGCGUACCGAGAGCGUAUUGCCCAAGAACGACAGCUGCAACUUCUCCGCGAACUCGAAGAAGAGGAUGCUGCCGAGAAGGAACGCGAUGCGAAGCGAGCCAAGGAGAGCUUGCGCAAGAAGGACAAGAAGAAGCAAGCGAAAGCUGUCAAGGAGGAGGAGCGUGCCAAACGCGAUGCCGAGAAGGCUGCUGCGGAGGCUGCUACCCGAGAGAAGCUUGAGAAACAGCGCGAGGCGGAGCUGAAGCGCCAAGAGGAAGUGCGGCAGAAGCGCGAGGCUGAACGUAAAGCACAGCUCGAAGAGAAGGCGAAGAAGGACGAGGAGCGACGUAAGCGUUUGGAAGAGCAGGAGGCGGAGAAGGAGCGCAAGCGCAAGGAGAAGGAAGAAAAGCUUCGUCUCGAACGCGAAGCGCGAGAGGCAAAGGAGCGGGAGCGCAAAGCAGCCGAAGAUGAGAUCAGGCAGCAGAAGGAGCUGAAGGAGAAGGAAGAGGCCGAGCGAAGAGCCAAGAGGGAGAAAGACAGAAAGGCAGCCGAGGUUGCCAAAGCUGAGAAAGAAGCAGCUGAGCGUGCGGCUUCGCAGGCCAAAGCAAAUCAGCUUGCGCAACAACAGCGAGCGGCUGCUGCGGCCGCUGCAGCUGCGAAGGCACCUGUCCCUUCGCCUCCUGGAUCCACGCCCACUACGGCUCCUGUCUCGCCCUCGGGAUCUCGAGCCCAAAUUCCAAUGUCGCCUGUUCCCAGAUCUCCUGCUGCAGCUGCUGCUCUGGCCACUGCUUCGGCCUCUUCACCGCGAAGUAGAGGUGCAACUUUGCCAUCUUCUCCAGGCUCUGCCAUGGGAAACCUUCAUCAGGGAUCAGCAUCUGGCCAAGGAUCAUCUCUGGCCGGUCUCGGUCGCUCUCAGCCGCCAGCUGCCCGCCCUCUGCAAAGCUCGGCAGGUGUGCAGCUGCCCUCAGCUCCUCAUGCAGUCGCGCAUCAAGGCCAACACACGCAGGCGCCUGUGCAAGCGACCAAUUUCUCGAGCGGUUCUUCCUUGCCGGCUCCUCCUCAAGGUUUGCCUGCUAGGCCGAUUCUGAACACGGCCCAGCCGCAGCAACCUGCUGGUCUCCCGACAUCAGCGCCGAGCUCUGCGUCGCUUCCGCGAGCCCCUGCUGGUGCAGCCACCUCUGCCAGCCCUGCCACCGGCCCUGCGUUCUCUUCUGCAGUGGGAAUGCAAGUUCCUUCAAGCGCGCCUCCUGUUCAGCGAAGCACAGCCGCUACGCCAAGUGCGAGCAGUGGUGGACCCUCCCAGUCUUUCAGUCACUUGCAGCAGCACCUGCCAUUCCAGCAACCAGGUCAAAUCGGACAGCCCAAGGCCUCGCCAUUGCCGGGCGAUCCGCGUGCGUUCGCUUCUCCGGUCUAUGGUCAUGCUGCAGCCUCGGGCCUGGAAGGUCUGCGUUCUCCACCUUUGCCCAAUGGCCUGCCCAGCGGUAUGAACCACAAUUUGGAAGGCAUACCCUCACCGACUGUUGGAAACGCUACCGCGUCUCUUUCGCAGCUGAGCCUCGCAGGCAUGCCCGGAGCCCAAACUCACGGCGCACCUCUCUCAGGAGGAAGCGGUGCAGGCGUCGCUGGCCAUUCUCGGUCGCCAUCUUCAGCUCUGGGCAGCGAGCCAAGCUACCGCCCUAGCUCCAACAGCUUCUCCGUGAACCGCGCUGUUCAUCGCAGCAAUGCUGGGCCCAUCGGUCCCAUUGGGCGACCUCCGACUGCAGAGCCUUUCGACAGCUCCAUUGCUCUUGGCAGCAUUGGAGGCGGCAUUGGCAGCGGCAUCGGUUCUUCAGGCAGCUCCGCAAUCGGAUCAGGUGUCGCUCGUGCUCCAAGCCCCAGGUUGCCGGAUGGCAUUCUGGGAAGCUCAGCCCUCGGCGGUGAUGACGAGCUCGUACAGCCGCAACCUCGGCGCACAAGUCACGCUACAGCACCCGGUGCAGGUGGUCCUUUCUUCAGUGGUGGCGGCGCCUUCGGCGCAGCUUCGCCCUGGGGACCUGCUCGCCCGUCACAAGGUGCGCCCAGUGGUCUUGGCGGGCUCGGCCCUUCGCUCGCCUCCCCCGGAGGGGCAUUUGGAAGUCUUGCUUCGCCCGGGCCUAUGCCGACUAGUGCAGCUUCAGGAUCAAGCUUUGCUGCCGCUGACCCUUGGGCCAGAGCUGCAAAUGGCUGGGACCGUGCUAGGACUGCUUGGGAGCCUGCGCCGAUGGCUCACGGAGCUGCUGGGUUUGGUCCGCCAGGUUCAGCAAAUCAGAGACCAGGAGGCGUGGGCAACAGCAGCGGAAGUGGCAGCGGUAACGGUGGAUACGGCGCGCCCGGCAGCGGAUUCUGA